GGAAAAACGACUUCAGGAAGUAAACAAAACAAAGGGAUAUACAUAUACUAGCCAGCAGGGCUGCUCGCAAAUCAACAAUGGCCAUGGCUGUCACUAUACCUCCUAUUGCUGGUUAUACAAGCGAUAACAGCACAAGUCUCUUCAGUGCUUGUUCAUCGGCCGCUAUUUUCCCGCCACUGGCUUGUGGGGACAAUACGCUGUGCACACGUAACCCGCUGUUCUCGAUCUUCACCGGCUCCAACCAGGUGUGCCUCUGUCCUUUGACAGCUUACCCCUUGGUGAAUGGAACAUGUCAGACUAUUGCCGGAACAUCCUGCACGACAGACCAAGACUGCAGUAACAGGUCAGCCGACUGCGUUGGUUUGAGCGGUUUCGGAUUGGAAACUUCCUUAGUUGAAUUUCUGUUGCCCGUUGUUGUGUUUGUGUGUCAGCUUACUGUUGAAUUCAGCUUUCAAGUCCCGGUGUGGACCUGCACGGGAAACACUUGCGCCGUCGUGGGAAUCGGGGCACCGUCGAUAUUUUCUGGAGGGUUCCCUGGAAGACGCAAACGGGAAGUUUCUAUCCCAUCUGAAGCGAUAAAAGAAGAUCAUGGUGCCCCGAUAACUGCGUCUGUAUCCAGGAAAACAAGAAGCGAAUCAGAGACUGCUCUUGGGCCGGAGAUCUCUUCCGUCGGUGACUCCAAAUCGAGGCAAAAACGCUGGACGCCAACAGUGGCGUGCACACCUGCUGUCCAAGUAUGGGGCUUUAUAGUAAGCUUUUUUACAAGCCAGACAAAUACGUACGUCUGUAGUUCGUUCGCACCUUCUUAAAAGCCAAAUAUCACAAUACCCGUCAAUCAUUUAAGACAGUCAAAAGGACAUAGGAUCAACUCGAUGCUCAGCCACAGCUAUUGGCGCAUGUUACCAGGACUUCGAUGCGUUUUUUUUUUUUUUUUUUUUUUUUUUUCUUGCUGACAGGAUAGUUAACAUUUGAUGAUUUCAUAAAUGUUGGUAGAUUCAAUUUUCAGAAGAAAUUAUUGGGCACAUUGCUUUGGACAGUGUAUUAUUUCAAAACGCAAAUUUCUGUCGAUGUGUGAAGGGUUAUGAUCAUACAUUGGUAAAUAAUA